AUGGUUUUGAUUUUAGUACCUCUUAAAAUUCAAUCGCAAUGCAACUUAAAUCUAUCUGAUAUACAAACAUCAUCCUUUCCCAACAAUAAAAUUAAAGAAUUGUAUGAGAAAGUCGACAGUUUAUUAAAUGAAAUUGAAAAUAAACUCAAAGAGAGAAAUUUUACUCAAUGUCGGAAUCAGAAGAAAAAUAAUUUUACUAUCGAUGAUGAAGCUGACAAAGCUCUUGACACUUAUUUGAAGACAGUGGAAGAUAAAACAAUCUUCAAGAAAAUGGACAAAGUUUUGAAAAUAAAUCAUUUUUAA